AUGAAAGUCUCCAAGAAUGAUUUUGUUUGGAAUAAGGCACAUCAAAAGCUUAAUGCUCAGUAUGUACAUACUGAGACCAGGAUAAUAAACUACAAAAAGUUUAGGGAUAUCCCAAAAUUGGAACAUUUAUUCUUUCAGACUCCACAAGAGGAGAUUCAAGAAGCUUCGGAGGACGAUGCUGCAUCAUCUUUGUGCUUAAUCAUGCCAGAAUCAACCAAAAUAGGAAUUUCUGCUGCAAGCCAUGGUGCCAGCCCUAAGCAGAGAGCAUGUGCUACGCCAAAUCUAGGGCUAUCCACACUUAUCAAAUCGGCUAGUCUGUUAAAAACCCGCACAAAGCACACAGUACAUUGUUCCGAACAACUAAUCAAAGAAGUACCCUCAACUUCAUUACCAGAACAACCCCAAAUGAAACGGCUUGAAAUGCACCGUCAAGCAUAUCUUCCCUCCUCUAUACAUCUACGCAAACAAAUCAAACACAAUCACAAAACAAUUCCACCAUAUAAGCUAGUUCUCCAAUUCAUUAUUGAAAAGACAGAAGACAGAAAGAACCUUUUGCGUUUUCCCGUCCAGCUGCGGCAACUCAAGCUCCGGAGCCGUAGCAGGAUACGUAACGGGUAUAUCAAACUGCAGAUCAAACUCGUACUUGAGCAAAUUGUGAACGUACCAGCAUUUUCCGGUCCAUCGCGUCCCCUCCGGAUUGGCGGCAGAUAUACGGAACCAGUCGUUGUCGUUGGCCUUGUUCAUCGAGGUGCGAUCAGCGCCUUGUAUUCCUCCUUCAGGCGUUGGGUCCACGCGCCGCCGUCGCGUGGGCCGGCUUUCACCGUCAGCAAGGGGAUUCGGGUCAAAGUUGACUUCGUUGAGGUGUCCCAGCCCUCCAUGAUCCGAUCGCCGAACUGGGGGCGGAGGGCAGCGGAU